AUGGAUACUCUGCACAAAGUGGACAGCAUAUUGCUUUGUGCUAGUGUUUUUACUGAACUUAUACAACAGAUGCAAGUAAAAGGCGUGCAGGUUGAGGAGUUGUAUUCUUUGGACCUUGACUCUCUGAACAAUCUAAGGCCAGUAUAUGGGUUGAUAUUUCUUUUUAAAUGGCGUCCUGAUGUUGACAUUGGCCCAGAAUUAUCUGCUUUGAGAGAAUUUACCAAGAACUUUCCACCUGAACUCAAGGGUUUGGCUAUCAAUAACAGCGAAGCCAUUCGUACUGCCCAUAACAGCUUUGCAAGGCCUGAGCCUUUUGUUCCUGAGGAGCAGAAGGCCGCUGGAAAAGAUGAUGACGUGUACCACUUCAUUAGCUACAUACCCUUUGAUGGGGUACUGUAUGAACUUGAUGGUUUGAAGGAGGGGCCCAUUAGCCUUGGGCAAUGUCCAGGCGGGCAAAGUGACAUGGAGUGGCUUCAGAUGGUCCAGCCCGUGAUUCAGGAACGUAUUGAAAGGUACUCACUGGUGGAGCAAUAUACCAGAACAGUGGGGUCAAUUAUAUCUAUGCACAUAACUGUGGUUAUUCAUGCUGCAUACAAGCCCAAGUGGGUCAAUUAUGGUCAUUGA